GUGCAGGCAGCACUGGACAAGGUCAGGAAAGGACGCACUACACUUAUUAUUGCUCAUCGUUUCUCAACGGUUCGAAAUGCGGAUCUUAUAGCAGCAAUUGAAAAUGGUGUCAUCACAGAGCAAGGGACUCAUAAUGAAUUAAUAGAACGGAAUGGAAUUUACUACAAGCUCGUUAAUAUGCAGGUAGCUUUUUCACUAAAAUUUUUCCAUAGCUUUUAUCAUAUUGUGUGCUACUGACCUAUACUGGACUGUAUUGCUCCCAAAGGUACCUCCAGCUUUGCAAAAAGACAAUCCAGUAAGAAAAGAAUAAAAACGUUUGAAAUACAGCAUGAUGAACUUGAUGUAAAAGCUGUUCAGCUUGAUAAAAGUGUACUUCCUGUUUCAUUUAUUAAAAUUAUGAAGUUGAAUAAUACUGAAUGGCCGUACUUUGUUAUUGGAACUUUAUGCGCAAUUAUCAAUGGGGGCUUGCAACCCAUAUUUUCAGUCAUCAUUUCAGACAUCAUAGGGGUGUUUGUAGAAAAAGGAGAGGUUGUCAUCAGGGAAACAAAUAGCACGUAUGCACUGCUAUUCUUAGGUUUUGGAAUAAUUUCUUUUGUUACUUUUUUUCUUCAGGGUUUCACAUUUGGCAAAGCUGGAGAAAUCCUUACAAUGAGGCUUCGAUCCAUGGCAUUUAAAGCAAUGCUUAGACAGGAGAUCAGCUGGUUUGAUGAUCCUAAAAAUAGCACUGGAACAUUAAUUACAAGACUUGCUAAUGAUGCCUCGCAAGUGAAAGGAGCUACAGGUUCCAGACUGGCACUAAUUGCCCAAAAUGUAGCUAAUCUUGGGACUGGGAUUGUUUUGUCGUUCCUCUACGGCUGGCAGCUGACUCUUCUGCUUUUAGCCGUUGUCCCAAUUAUUGCUGUAACAGGAAUGAUUCAAAUGAAGAUGCUUGCUGGACAUGCAAAAAAAGAUAAAAAGGAACUGGAACUCGCAGGACAGAUUGCUUCAGAAGCCAUAGAAAAUAUUCGAACUAUUGUUACUUUGACUCAGGAAAGAAAAUUUGAGGUUAUGUAUGGACAAAGUUUGCAAGCAUCAUACAGAAAUUCUGUAAAGAAGGCACAUAUCUUUGGAUUUACUUUUGCCUUUACACAAGCUAUUAUGUACUUUACUUACGCUGGGUGUUUUAGGUUUGGUGCUUAUCUAGUGAGAAAUGGACAUAUGCGGUUUAAAGAUGUGCUUUUAGUUUUUUCAGCUAUUGUAUUUGGUGCAAUGGCAUUAGGACAAAGCACUUCUUUCACUCCAGACUAUACCAAAGCCAAAAUGUCAGCUGCCCACUUGUUCAUGCUGUUUGAAAGAGUACCCCCCAUAGAUAGCUACAGUGAGGAAGGAGAGAAGCCUAAAAUAUUUGGUGGAAAUGUAACAUUCAACAAUGUGGCGUUUAACUACCCAAGUCGACCAGAGGCCAAAGUGCUCCAAGGUUUGAGCAUCAAUGUAGAAAAAGGACAAACCCUGGCUCUUGUUGGGAGCAGUGGCUGUGGGAAGAGCACUGUGGUUCAGCUGCUUGAGAGAUUUUAUGAUCCACUUGAUGGAGAAAUCCUCCUGGAUGGCCAGAAUGCAAAGACACUAAAUAUCCAGUGGCUGAGAGCUCAGAUUGGUAUCGUCUCACAAGAACCAAUCCUGUUUGACUGCACUAUUGCUGAAAACAUCGCAUAUGGAGACAACAGUCGGCAGGUGUCACAUGAGGAAAUUGUUCAUGCAGCAAAAGAAGCCAAUAUUCAUUCCUUCAUCGACUCUCUGCCAGAU